AUGCUUUAUAUCGGACUAUUGUCGGCUCUAAUAUGUUCCUUGUGUACAUUUGUUAAUGCAGUCUAUCGUGAUGAAGCAUUCAAUGUGGACUGGCAACUCUCUACAAUUGGUGAUUAUCGCUGUAUUGUUCCUGAUUAUGCUAAUGAAAAUCAAUUAAUUAUAUUAUCAGAUCAUUCUCAGUCCGAGACAUUGGUGACCUACAUCAACGAGACAAACGGGGAUGUAUUACUAAGAUAUGCGGUUCCAUUUAAAAUGUCAGAUGCUAUGCUUGUUUCAGAUUCUCACCAAUUGAUUCUAAAAGGAGAUGGAGACAAUAAUAAGAAAUAUUCCACUAUUGAUCUAGAUACUGGAUUGAUACUGGAGGAUUCAGGUAAAGAUCUAGCACAGACCAGUGAUUUUUCGUUUAAAACUUCAUGUGCUGCUUCUGGUUAUAAAAUUGAAAAUAUAGAUCAAAAAACAAGAUUAAAACUGAUGGAUAAUACUAUGGGUUUACCUAUCUUUGAUGUUGAACUCCCAGAUACAUUUACGGAAGUCAACUAUCUUUCAACCGAUUACUCACAGAUCCUACAAUUCAUUGUCAGUAACGGUGAUUCUCACUAUACUUAUUUCAAUUAUACCGAUGGUGGAAAGAAUCUAACCGCUACUUGGAACAGAGAUGAAUCCUUAGUGGAUAUUGUAGAUAGUGCAUUCUGUGAUUUAAAGGACCCAUAUAUUGAUACAAUUAGAAAAGAACUUGCGGAGGAAAAGAAUAUUGAUGACGUUAUAACGGCAUAUAUUUUCAGAGUGAAGACAAACUUUAACAGAAUUAGAAAGUAUUUGAAAAAAAACCAAUAUUCUCCUGGUAGAGUUAUUACUGCCAUACUAAAGGAAAAUGAGUUAAUGGGAAACAUAAACGAAGAAAAAGCCUACAAGAGAGAUUUAAAGUUUGGUCUGGCUAAAUUGUUGAUUGUAGCUACAAAAAAUGGUAGAAUAGCAGCGUUACAUGUCUCACAACAAGGAAACAUUAUGUGGAACAUUCGUACUGGCAUGAGUAAUAUUAUUUCUAUUGACUAUGAACCGCUCACUGAUGAAUUGAUUGUGAUUGACGAAAAGGGAUCUUUUAUUAUUUUCACAUCAAUAAAUGAACAUAUGCCACCAACAUUAAAAAAAGAGGGUUCUUUUAAGUUAUCAACUAACUCGAUUAUUACAAAGGCUAAGAAAUUGGAUGAUUCACAUAAUUCAUAUUUCGUGUCCCUGGAAAAUGGAGAAAGCCAAAUUGUUGGUGUGGAUAAUACUCAAAUUGUGAACACAUCUAACUACUUUUUAACAACCCACAAUGAAAAAGAAAUUAGAGGACAUAUUGUUUCUGAAGGUAAUAAGUUGGUAAAUACAUGGGGUAUAACUUUAAACGAGAACGAAAAACUUGUGGCGUUCGCAUCUAGAAGUGAGGACCCUGUGGUGAACGUUGGUAAUGUGCUAGGUAACAGAACAGUUUUAUACAAGUAUCUUUAUCCAAAUUUGGUUUCAUAUGCGACCAUUAAUGAGAAUGAUAGAAAUUUGUACAUUAAUUUGAUAGACACAAUCACUGGUGAACUACUUCAUUCACAAAAGCAUUCAAAUGAGAAGGUUGAUAUAGACCAUCCAAUCAACUUAGUUUUCGGGGAAAACUGGUUUAUUUAUUCGUACUUCAGUGCAGAACCAAUUCCAGAACAGAGACUAACAGUUGUUGAACUUUAUGAAUCCUUGGAAGCCAAUACGAAAGCAUCUGAUCCAAAUGUAGAUUAUAAUCCCUUGAAGGGUAAUAUUAAUAAACCUGAGGUUAUUAGUAGGAGUUAUUUCUUCCCUGAAAUUAUUAAGGACUUAAAAUUAACGUCCACAAAAUUCAGUAUUACAUCAAAGGCUAUUAUUAUUAAGUUAGCAAAUGAACAGAUAACUUUCAUUCCGAAAUUUGUUUUGAAUGCAAGAAGUAAAGAGGAGAACAAUAUGUCAGAUGAUGAUAAAAAGGAAUUUAUGGCAAGUCCAUAUAUAUCCAGUAUUCCAAUUAAUGAUAAUUUCAUUAUCUCCCACCAAAGAGAACUCAUAAUGAGUGCCAAUUCAAAGCUUGUUUCAUCCCCUACAAACUUAGAGUCUACCUCCAUAAUUUGUGAGAUAGGUAAGGAUGUAUUUUGUACAAGGAUAUAUCCAUCAGGUCAAUUUGAUGUUAUGAGUCCAUCCUUCGAGAAAUUCCAAUUAUUUGGAACAAUUUUCAUUGUCAUUGUCAUAGUCUAUUACUUACGUCCAACCGUCGCCAACAAAAAAUUGAAGAUAUUAUGGCUGAUUAAGGAUUGA